AGUGAAAAUGCUCUGUCAGCCUAAGUGUAUGCAGCUGGUGGUGCCUUUUUGUGUUCCCCUGUCCCUCAGACAGCCUGAGUCUGCCUCUGUGUCCAUAAACUCUCUCUAUCUCUGUUAACAUUAACCACUCCGUUUGUAAUAUGACACUUUGGUCUUACCUUAAAUCUUAAAACCUCGGUAGCAACUGCUGUGGAGAUCUGCAGCCAGAUUUUUUUAUUGGAGCAUUUAGAAAGGCAGUGAUAUGAUGGAGGAGGAUUGGUCGGCGUCACUCCUCCUGUGUUCUAGAGUGUUCUCAGUUCAGUGGGGAUAUAGACGAGGAGGCGCUGCCGCUCCCAGACUGACAGACACACAGCGGGGGACCAGGGACCUGUUAGACCCAGACACUCGGGGUGAAGCCUGUCUGCAGUGUUAGAAAGAGACACUUUAACGAUAAGACGAUACAAAGAAUCACUCCGAAUUAAACGGAGAAAUCAUGUCCAAGGGACCAGCAGUCGGGAUUGACCUGGGCACCACCUACUCCUGCGUAGGCGUGUUUCAGCAUGGCAAAGUUGAGAUCAUUGCCAAUGAUCAGGGGAACAGGACCACACCCAGUUAUGUUGCCUUCACUGACACAGAGAGGCUGAUUGGAGAUGCAGCCAAGAAUCAGGUUGCUCUGAACCCCAACAACACAGUGUUCGAUGCAAAGCGUCUCAUUGGACGUCGCUUUGAUGACAGUGUUGUCCAGUCAGACAUGAAACACUGGCCAUUUACAGUCAUUAGUGAGGCUACAAAACCCAAAGUAAAGGUGGAGUACAAGGGUGAAACCAAGACCUUCUACCCUGAGGAGAUCUCCUCCAUGGUGCUGAUAAAAAUGAAAGAGAUUGCAGAGGCUUACCUGGGAAAGACUGUAUCAAAUGCUGUAGUGACCGUACCGGCCUACUUCAAUGACUCUCAGCGCCAGGCCACCAAAGACGCAGGGACCAUUUCUGGGCUGAAUGUCCUUCGUAUUAUUAACGAACCAACUGCUGCUGCGAUUGCUUAUGGCCUUGACAAAAAGGUUGGAGCUGAAAGGAACGUUCUCAUCUUUGACCUGGGCGGAGGCACAUUCGACGUCUCCAUCCUGACUAUUGAAGAUGGCAUCUUUGAGGUCAAGUCUACAGCGGGCGACACACACUUGGGUGGAGAAGACUUUGAUAACCGCAUGGUCAACCACUUCAUCUCAGAGUUCAAGCGCAAGUUCAAGAAAGACAUCAGUGACAACAAGCGGGCUGUGCGACGUCUGCGUACGGCGUGUGAGAGGGCCAAGCGCACCUUGUCUUCCAGCACUCAGGCAAGCAUCGAAAUCGAUUCUCUGUACGAAGGUGUCGAUUUCUACACCUCCAUCACCAGGGCUCGCUUUGAGGAGCUGAACGCAGACCUGUUCAGAGGAACCCUGGAGCCUGUUGAGAAGUCUCUCCGCGACGCAAAGAUGGACAAGGCUCAAAUCCACGACAUCGUCCUGGUAGGAGGAUCCACUCGCAUCCCAAAGAUCCAGAAACUGCUGCAGGACUUUUUCAAUGGAAAGGAGCUCAACAAGAGUAUUAAUCCUGAUGAAGCAGUGGCCUAUGGAGCAGCUGUGCAGGCAGCCAUCCUGUCAGGCGACAAGUCAGAGAAUGUGCAGGACCUGCUGCUGCUAGAUGUGACCCCCUUGUCUUUGGGCAUCGAGACGGCUGGAGGAGUCAUGACUGUUCUCAUUAAGAGGAACACCACCAUCCCCACAAAGCAGACGCAGACUUUUACCACCUACUCAGACAACCAGCCUGGAGUGCUCAUUCAGGUGUUUGAGGGUGAAAGGGCCAUGACCAAAGACAACAACCUUUUGGGGAAGUUUGAGCUGACUGGAAUCCCGCCUGCCCCCCGAGGGGUUCCCCAGAUUGAGGUGACCUUUGAUAUCGACGCCAAUGGCAUCAUGAAUGUGUCUGCUGCGGACAAAAGCACCGGGAAGGAGAACAAGAUCACAAUCACCAAUGACAAAGGUCGCUUGAGCAAAGAGGAAAUCGAGCGUAUGGUUCAGGAAGCUGAUAAGUACAAGGCUGAGGAUGAUGUGCAGAGAGAGAAGGUGUCAGCUAAGAAUGGUUUAGAGUCGUACGCCUUCAACAUGAAGUCCACUGUGGAGGAUGAGAAGCUGAAAGACAAGAUCAGCGACGAAGACAGACAGAAGAUUGUGGACAAGUGCAACGAGAUCAUCAGCUGGCUGGACAGAAACCAGUAUGCAGAAAAAGAAGAGUUUGAGCAUCAGCAGAAGGAGUUGGAGAAGCUGUGUAACCCCAUCAUGACCAAGCUGUACCAGAAUGCAGGAGGUGCGCCGGGAGGGAUGCCUGGAGGGAUGCCAGGAGGAAUGCCUGGCGGCUUCCCCGGAGCUGGUGGAGCUCCUGGAGGAGGAGGAGGCCCCACCAUCGAGGAAGUCGACUAAACUUGAAUCCGACCAGAUUUGCAUGAGCUUGCUCUCUCUCCUCUUUCAAAGUUGGGUGUGAAGGAUGAUCACAGUCAUACUAUCACACAGAUUACCGCACUGUCAAUCUCAGAAACUAUCACAAGCUUCGUUUGGGGUUGUUUUGAUAAUCUUUGUAUGUCAGGCUUUAAGGCAGCACUUGCACUUAGGUUUUCCUAGUAGGCAGUCUUUUCAGGUGGCUGUGUUGUGUUCAAUGAAUCCUGUUAAUGUUUGCGUUACCACAGUGUUUUUAUUUUUCAUUUGGUUUCUGGCUGGAAUAAAGGUUAUUGCUUUACUCUUUUCCAAGAAGAAUAAAUGGAAGAAUUUUUGAACCUUGA